CGUUCCCGUCUGUUAUGUACACACCCGAUCUCUCUCCGCCACACCCGUAUCCUCUCCCUCUCUCAAACCCUACCAACAAGCGGAGGGUAGACGAAGCGAAGCGGGCGGAAAGUAGAUGCCCUAGUUUUCUCCUUAUGUGGGAGCUUGGGUUUUCGAUCGAAGAGAGGAGAGACUAGGAUAGGAUAGGAGAGCAAUAGGGGAGGCGUUGCUUCGGUCUUCUCUCGGUUUCUCCGCGAGGCCGAGGACCCGUGGAGAGUGGAGCAAUCCGCGGGUUGGAUCCGAAACCCCCGAGCUUACUUGGCUGAUCCCGAAGCCGGCGGCGGCGGGGCUUGCCUUGACCUGAUCGACCUGCUGGUCUCGUAUCGUAGUUACGGAUGCCAUAGGCUUGAUUUGUUCGUGCUUUCUUUCGCUCACCAAUCGGGUUCUUCAGCCCUUGAGGAAUAGCUGGAGAUUGAAGAUAUGACAUUCUCUUUUGAGUCUCUACAUAAUCGGGAACAAGCCUGUGACUUCUGUUUGUAAAUUCAAUCUCAUUCUAAGUUCUUAGAAAAGAAAUUCAGUACCAGAACCAACAUGGGGGCCAAUUGCUGUGUGGCUGUGAAAGACAAACCCUUGCCGAGCCCAGCUCAGUUUGAUGUUUCAACAUAUAGGAACAUUAGACGCUCUCCUACUUGGAGCUUUCGGUGGGACAACCGAACACACAUAGAGGAUGCCAUGGAUAAUGCUGUUCAAUUUUCUCAUCAUCAUAGUGGGAAUGUUGGACCUCAGAUUAGGAGCGAGUCACCCACUGAAGCUGAAAGCCUUUUUGUGAGAGGUAGUCCAUCAGAUGCUUUCCAUUUAGAAAAGUGGCAUGAAUCUCCAAUUAGGUCUGGGAGUGCUGGGAAGUUGAAAGAUGUUUCUGCAGAUGAUCAGUCCAUCAAAAGCAAUUCAUCCGGCAAGAGUAAGGGCUCCCUUAUGUUGUCAUACUUUGCAAGUGCUCCAGACGUCAAAUUUUCGAAAUCAGUGCCUUCAACUCCUUCCUCAUCUUCAUACAAGGCAGAUCCAUCAUCGUCCAGGAGCUGUUCUCUACCAUCUGAUCCAACUUUGUCAAGGAAGGCAUGCCGAUCCCCAGGCUGUCAACUCUCUUGGCAGAUAUCUGACGGCAGCAGGAUACCAUCUCUUCAUUCCCUUGAUGAGAACAGAAAAAUAUCAGUUUCAGUGCCUUCAACUCCUUCCUCAUCUUCGUUCAAAGCAGAUCCAUCAUCGUCUACGAGUUGUUUUGUACCCUUAGAUCCUACUUCAUCGAGGAGGGCAUGCCGAUCACCAGGCUUUCAACUCUGUCGCCAGAUCUCAGAUAGCAGGAUACCAUCUCUUCAAUCCCUUAAUGAGAACAGUUCUCCCGAAGGAAGGCACUCUUUUGUGCUCUCUUUCCGCAGCAAUGAAUUGUCUACAGGAGGUUCUCAUGGUGAGUCUUCUGAUGGAUGGUCGAUGCGGACCUUUUCUGAGCUUGUGGCUUCCUCAAAUAGGGAGAGAUGGUCAUUUGACAGUGAUGAUCUUACCUCCAGUAGCAGCAAAAUAACAGGAUCAAAUCCUCAGCAGACAACACAAGUCUCUCCUGAUCAGCCGACUUGCAAAGUAUGCUCAAAGCUAUUAAUGGAGCAUUGUGUGGUUGCUGUUUUGGUUUGUGGACAUAUUUACCAUGCUGAAUGCUUGGAGAAAAUGACGACUGAAAUUGACCGCUAUGAUCCAACAUGCCCUGUCUGUACACAUGGAGAAAAAUCUGCAGCAAAGCUAUUUAAGAAAGCUGAAACGAAGGCUAGAAACAAGCUCUCCAGAAUUGGAGUAGCUGACAAUGAUCCACAUGGAGAUGCUAUCUGUGAUCGUCAUAAGAAGGUUGGUGACGGACCCAAGAUGGGUGCCAGUUCUAGCACCCAAUCGUCUUUUGGCAGGUCAUUUUUGAGGCAACGUUUCUCUAUUGGUAGAUCUUCACGGUCAACAACUGAAAAUGAAUCUCACAGGAAGAAAGGCUUCUGGGAAAGAUACAGGAGGGAAUGAUUGUAGCCUUGCCAUCAUUCUGGUAAUGGUACAAAUUCAUAUAUCAUAUUUGUCCAAGUGCACAAGCAGGAAAAGUAUAUACUUGUGAUCUGCGCACCCGGCUAUAUUCUCCAUGAAGAAUUCGAACGGGAAAAAGAAAAACAAUGUUUCUGUUAAUAUGGUAGAAGCGAAACUUAUAUAGUUCAGGUGGUACAGAGAACUAGCAGUGAAGUUCCAGGCCUUCUCUCUCUCUCUGAAAAGUUAUAUUAGUUGAGCCCACCGUUAAUAUUUCUGUGGGCUCGUUUUUAUUGUUCAUGUUAUAUCUUUGCUUAAAAACUGAAGUUAAUAAGUCGUGGUAGUAUAAUCUGAUGUGAUAGUCUAGACAUGUCCCGCUGUGUUGAUGAGCAUGUGUCACACGGAACUGUGCUCGAGAUGUUCGUUCAAUGACAGGAGGUGCAAUUAAUCAUUAGCUAUUGCUUUA